GGACAAGCAACAGGUUACACGCCAGCCCACUAAGCCAUAGAAUAAAUAUGUCUACCGUGUACGUGCACCCAACCGCCGGAGCCGACGCCGCCAGUGCAACUGGCGCUGAAGGAUCACCAUACCAGUCUGCCGCAUAUGCACUAUACGUCUGCCAGGCAGAUGCAAAGAUCUUUGUGCACAAGGACGCCACUGAGGAGUCUGAUGCGGGCUACUACGAAAUCUCUGCGUCUGCACUCAAGAAAGCUAAGAAGGGAGCUGAAGGAUUGAAGAAGAAAGAGGAGAAGGCGAAGAAACAGGCGGAGGAGAAGGCUGCCAAGGACGCUGAAGAAAGCGCCAAGAUGCUGGAAGCAAUGAAGAUCACAAUCGCCGAGGACAAGAGCUUGCCUACAGCCAAGACGAUCAAGCUUGCUAAGAUCUCGAAGAACAUCGACGAGAGAGUCAAGGUGCAGGGUUGGAUCCACAGAUUGAGAGUCCAGAAGGGUGUUGCCUUCAUUGUCCUCAGAGACGGGUCUGGGUACGUCCAGUGUGUUCUUUCGGGCCCGUUGGCCAACGCGUACCAGACACAGCAGUUGACGGUCGAAUCGACCGUUGCUAUCUACGGUACCAUUGUCAAGUUGCCAGAGGGGAAGUCUGCCCCAGGCGGUGUCGAACUGGUUGCGGACUACUACGAGGUCAUUGGCCUGGCGCCAGGUGGGAAGGACUCCUUCACCAACCAGGUUGCCGAGGACGCCGACCCUUCGCUCUUGCUCGACAGAAGACACUUGACCUUGCGUGGUGAAACGCUUUCUGCAGUCAUGAAGGUCCGUGCCGCCCUCUUGGCUUCCAUCAGAAGAGUCUACCAGGAAGAAGGCUUGUGUGAAGUCACUCCUCCAUGUAUGGUCCAGACCCAGGUCGAAGGUGGUUCCACCUUGUUCAAGAUGGACUACUACGGUGAAGAAGCCUACUUGACCCAGUCGUCCCAGCUAUACCUCGAGACCUUGUUGCCUGCUCUCGGUGACGUCUACUGUAUCCAGGAAUCGUUCCGUGCUGAGAAGUCCCACACCAGAAGACACUUGUCCGAAUACACACACAUAGAGGCAGAACUCUCGUUCUUGACUUUUGAAGAUUUGCUUACGCACAUCGAGACCGUCAUCACCAAGACCAUCCAAUACGUCUUGGAAGACCCUGUCGCAGGUCCUUUGGUCAAGCAGUUGAACCCUGGAUUUGUUCCUCCUCAAAUGCCAUUCAAGAGAAUGGAGUACGCUCAUGCCAUCGAGUGGUUGAACGAAAACGGCAUUCCUAACGAAGAAGGACAACCUUUCAAGUUCGGUGAUGACAUUGCUGAAGCUGCAGAGAGAAAAAUGACCGACACCAUCGGUGUGCCAAUCCUUUUGAACAGAUUCCCAGUCGCCAUAAAAUCAUUCUACAUGAAGAAAUGUGUUGACGACCCACUAGUCACCGAGUCCGUGGAUGUGUUGAUGCCAACUGUCGGUGAAAUCACUGGUGGUUCCAUGAGAAUUGACGACAUUGACGAGUUGUUAGCCGCCUUCAAGAGAGAAGGAUUGGACCCAGCCCCUUACUACUGGUUCGUGGAUCAAAGAGUCUACGGUACCUGUCCCCACGGUGGUUACGGUCUCGGUACGGAGAGAAUUUUGGCAUGGUUAUGUAACAGAUUUACCGUCAGAGACUGUUCUCUCUACCCAAGAUUUACCGGUAGAUGUAAGCCAUGAGACCAUACAAAGCCGUAUAAUCACACAUAUAGACAUGGCCUUAUCUAGGGCUGUAUGCACCUACAUUUGGCCAUUUUUUCAGGAGUAAUAAUAAUAUCACAGAAACCGUGUAGCUUUACAGGAUAUCUUGAAUGUUAUCCACUUGUUCACUCUUCACAUCGAGAGGCAUCAAGCC